AAGAACAAUGCCGCGCUGCGGCAGGCAAAACAGGAGAUGCUGGAGUACCGGCACCAGAUCCAGUCCUACACCUGCGAGAUCGAUGCCCUCAAGGGCACGAACGACUCGCUGAUGCGCCAGAUGCGGGAGAUGGAGGAGCGUUUCGCAGGGGAGGCUGGCGGGUACCAGGACACCAUUGCCCGGCUGGAGGAGGAGAUCCGGCACCUGAAGGACGAGAUGGCUCGGCACCUGCGUGAGUACCAGGACCUGCUCAACGUCAAGAUGGCCCUGGACGUGGAGAUCGCCACGUACCGCAAGCUGCUGGAGGGCGAGGAGAGCAGGAUCAGCAUCCCCAUGCACCAGACUUUUGCCUCCGCACUCAAUUUCCGAG